AACGGCGACUGCAUCUCACGCCUCUCGUGCCUUAGACAUUCUCAGUCCGAAGCAUACGGUCCGUACAACCAAUCGCGCAAUGAUCACUGCAUAAUACCAUACGUGUUUUAGGGAGGCCUGAAGGUGAAAUGUUGCGAGUCCAGUGUUUACCUUUGUGUCCAUCCGUGCAUGUGUUCAUGUCAUCAUUAGCAGGCCCCUAUUUUCAUCUUCGCCUCACUCGCUUCACCAAUGAAUACCAAGUUCGAACUCUUUGCAAAUGACAACAAGUCCGAUGCUAGCGCACCUCCCUCGUACGACGCAGUCUCUACGUCCUCGUUAUCAGCAGAUUCCGUCCAAUGCAGACCGCCACCUGUAUUUUCCCAGAUACGAAUCAAGCAGACACGGGCCACCGUUCUAUCGCUCAUCCGUGAUAUGGUCUCCACUCCCGAUUUUACCCCUGCCUCUAUCACCCCAAUAGUCAACGCCUGCGCUGCUGCUCUCCCAGCUGCAGAGUUUACCGACGUCCUGCAAACACCCAAUAUCGAGGGCCACACAGCAAUGUAUUGGGCAAUCGUGAAUAAUCGGCCACAAGUCCUUUGGGCGUUAUUCAAAUUCAUUCCAAGAUACACGUCUGCUGCUGCAUCCGACGUGCGUCUCGCGUGCAUGACAACGAGCGAUCAUGCAUUAUUUAUGAAGUUGAAUUUGAAAGGCAACAGUAAUUGCAAGGAUGAACCUUUGAACCGCUCUUUGGGUUGCCCGCCAGAUGAAAUCCAAGUGCAUGAAGGGGAUGGAUUGCCCGAGAAUCAGUUCACUGCCAAUUUCCGGAUCAGGAUGUUCCAGAAACGCUUGCGCAUUGCACAGAACAUGCGCAUAGAAUUGAUUGCGAAAGGACGCAUAUGGUAUUUACUCUUCUAUACAGGGGAUGAGGCGAAGUUGCGCGUCAGGCUUGGUCUUUCUUGGCAUAGCUUGCCAGCGCGUCCAAAUGCCGCACUUUUCAUCAAGGCCCAGAAGGAGCAACCUGACUGUGUAACCCCACCUGAGGGUCUGCUGAUAAAGUUUCAAUUGGAGGAGACUAUGUUGCUCUCACCUGAGGGCAACACGAGCAAUUCUCACAGAACUUGCACGUCCAUCGAUGCUUCGUUGGGCAAUUGGCUGAUGUACGACAAUACCAUGUAUGUAGACUCCGAUGGCACCCUACAUGCAAGGCUGGAGAUGGAAUUGACAUAGCACUGGCAGAUUAGUACGGGAGGACGAGGUCAUUCUAUACUUUUACUUAGUAUCGUUAUUCACCUUAUUGCAAAAAUUUGAC